ACAGCUCAAGCACGCUGCACCUCCCCAUUCCUCCUUUAAUAAACAUGGCUGAACUGAAAACGUACGGUGAAUUAUAGGACUGAGCCCGUCUGCUGCAGCACCACCACAGGACUCACACACUCUCACACUGUUGAUUCAGACUAGAAGACGGAACAUGACGUGAAUGUUUACAGUGGGGAAACUAAAGCAGCAAAAGUUUGCCUUUGACAGCCGCUAACGAAGAGACUUCAGCGGGACAGACCAGAGCCAGCUGAAAUACUACUGCAUGCAAAGCAGAGACUAAAUACUGCUUUUGCAUCUAUGGAAACUAUGCCUUUAAACACCUCGUCUACUGAAGAAAUCCUGGAUUUAAUGCUCUAAUGUAGACCAAAACAGUUCGGCUUACAUUUGAAGAGUUUUAAGCUGCUUUUAUAUGGAUUUACAAUUCGCAUUUUUGUCAUAUCGUCCCGUUUAAAUAAUGUUCUCCGGUAAACAAACCAAGCCGACUUUUAAAUCUUAUCUUCCUCCACUUCAGACUGAUUUGAAGAAAAGUCCUCAACUGCCCCUCAAGAAACUAGAAGCAAAACUUCUACCAGGUGAAAUAGUUGUGAACGAGGCGAACUUUGUAAGGAAGUGCAUCGGCGCAGAAAGCUGUCAGGAUGACCUCUGGGGCAAACUUGUGUGUACUAACUUCAAAGUUUCCUUCAUUACCCAUAAGUCCUUGCCACAACAGAGAUUCCAGUGCACCCACCGGCUCUUGGGCGAGCACGAUAUCCCGCUGGCUUGCGUGGAGCAGGUAGUAACAGUGAAUGAUGUUAAAGGGAAGCAGAAGAUUUUAGGUUCCAAUCAGAAGCUGAAAUUUAACCCUACUGAACUUAUCCUCUACUGCAAAGACUUCCGCAUUAUCCGAUUCCGCUUUGAGGAAGCCGGACCCGAGAGUGCUAAAAAGGUUUGUCUUGCCAUCGCUCAUUACUCCCACCCUGCUGACCCACAGCUACUCUUUGGCUUUGAAUAUGUCGGAAAGCGAUACCAUGGAUCAACAGGUGAGCGGGUGAACGGUGUUGACCCUGGCGGGGGGCUGCAGACUCCCCUGUUCGACUGCUCCUCAGAUUGGGACAGAGAGAUCAAGCGUACUGGUGCCUCCGAAUGGAGAGUGUGUACCAUAAAUCAAGGCUAUUUCAUCUCGCCCAGUCUCCCAGAGUUCUUUGUGGUUCCAGUAUCUCUAGCGGAUCAGGAUCUGAAGCAAUACGCCUGCUUCUUUUACUCCCAGCGCCUCCCGUUAUGGUGCUGGAAUCACUCCAGUGGGAGCGCUCUGGUCCGCAUGUCUAACAUCAGUGACCCGCAGCAGCAGAGGAAGGUUGAGCAGCGGAUUUCCAGCGCCAUUACCAAGAGCCACCCCCUCCGCAGUGAUGUCUUCAAGUCAGAUUUGGACAAAAACCUCCCAAACAUCCAGGAUAUUCAGGCUGCUCUGCUGAAACUGAGGCAGAUUUGUGUUAUAGAUCUUUUUGAGGAGUCUGAAGAAAAGUGGCUGUCAUCCUUAGAGAGCUCAAGAUGGAUGGAGUAUGUCAGGACAUUUCUGCGACAUGCAGUGGAGAUAGUCUAUAUGCUGGAGAGCAGACGUGUGUCUGUCAUACUCCUAGAGAAAGAGGAUCGGGACCUGAGUUGUGUGAUUUCCUGUUUGGUGCAGUUGAUGUGUGAUCCUCACUGCAGGAGUCUGCAUGGCUUCCAGGCUCUGAUUCAGAAGGAAUGGGUAAUGGCUGGGCAUCGGUUCCUCGACCGCUGCAACCAUCUGAAGAAGAACGACAAAGAGGAGUCUCCUGUGUUCCUGCUGUUCCUGGACUGUGUGUGGCAGCUGUGGAAUCAGUACCCAGCAGCCUUUGAGUUCACUGAGGUGUACCUGACAGUGCUGGGGGACAGUAUGUGGGUCCCCGUCUUUAGCACCUUCCUCUUCAACUGCCCCCGACAAAGAGCCGAGAACAGCAGGGAUUUUGCAAGCAGUAAGAGUAUUCACCUGGGGCAGGACCAGGCUCUGCGCUUUCCUCCAGUGUGGGACUGGUCUCAACAGUUCAGUCUUAAAGACCAGACUCUCUUUAAUAAUCCCCUGUACGUGGGCAAGAUCGCCACCUGUGUGCAGAACGGCACAGUGAAGACUUUCACACACAGGCGUAGCAAGAAAAACUACAGCUCCACGAUGCGAGGUGUACCCUCCGCUUUGCGAAACGGCUCGCUCGGACCGAACGACACCCUGGCGCGCCGGAACUCCCUUGUUCUGCGUCUCCGUUCUGAUUUGUCUCAGGUGCGGGAGCAGCAGGAGACCCCCUCGGAACGCUUCGUUCGAGACUUUUUCUCUCGUCCUGUCGACCUGCAGGGCCUGCUGCUCCCCCAGCUCCUUCCAUCUCACAUCUCUAUCUGGAAGCUCUACUUCCUGCGCUGGGUUCCCGAGGCACAGAUCCUGCAGGGCGGCCCCAUCACCACCUUCCACAAGCUGUCAGUGCUCACAGACGAGAUUGAAAUGCUUCAGAACCAGCUGAGGCAGUACAAAGGAGCAGGCGGCACUCCAAACAACCUGCACGCGGAGCAUAGCAAAAUGUACUUUAAGGCGACUCCUCAGCAGUCCCCUGCUCCUCCAGCGUACCUCAGCUCCUCGUUCCCUUUCUCUCCCGUGGGAAACCUGUGCCGCCCAGGGAUCCUCGGGACUCCUCUUAGCAAGUUCCUCAACGGAGCCAAGAUCUGGCUUUCCACGGAGACACUGGCUAAUGAGACGAUUUGAGGGAAGAUCUGAGGCCUGAAGAUCUUCUCAAUUGUAUUUAGGUCUCAUUUUGAAUGUGCAGGCUUGUGGUACUGACGGUUACCUGGACAUUUUUAUUCAGUCUCUUGAGAGUUGUCAGUCAGUAAGGGUGUUUGUUUGUUUUUUUUUUUUUUUUGUUGCACAUGAUUAAAUAUAAAGCUCCAAUCGCACAUCUUUCGGACUUAGGAUUGUUUGGAUCUGUUGUACACUGCCUGUAUGGACUUUCCUCAUCUUGUUAAAAUAUUUGGUGGAUUUUUGUGUGGAGCUUGUGGCAUUAGUUGGAAAGAAAGUAGAACUGGUAACACUUUAUAUUAAGUUUAAUUUGUUAUCGUUAGUUAAUGCAUUAGGUAUCAUAAACUAACAAACCAUUUUUUACAGCUUACAUUAAAGUUAUUUAAUCAGAAAUGAUAUUAAAAACUAUAACAUUUUGAAAAAUUACUAUUUCACUGUCAGAUGAUCCUUCAAGAAUCAUUCUGAUAUGCUGAUUUCAUUGUUUAUUCAUCAUACAUUUACUAAUAUUAAUUUAUACAAACUUAAAAAUUAGUACAGUGUAUGUAGAUUUAACAUUAACCAAUAUUAAUAAAUGCUUGUUCUUGAUACCUAAUGCUUUACCUGCUGUGAUAAAUUAAAUAUUAUAUAGUGUUUUUAUAGAACUGUAACUUAAAUCUAUGGUAUAAAAUGUGCAUAUAUUUUAUCUUUUAAUCCUAAAGUAGUUUAAGAUUGCUUGAAACCUUCUGGUAAGGUCUAACCGUAGUUAGCUAUAUUAAAAUCAAUAACCAAAAUUGUGAAACUUGAUACAGGAAAUGACAGGGUUUAUCCGUGUAAACCCCUAUAGCAGGCAAUAACUGUGCACAUAUGGGUGUCUUGUCAGGCCGGCUGGAUUCCGGUCUGUUAGACCCGUCGCUUUCUAAAGCACAGAAUGGCUGUUUGAAGAUGAUUGACAGCUGCACGAGCCAAUCAGCUGGUUGAUUUGGCUUGGAGCUUACAGUCAGUCUCAAACAGCAUCUGAUUGUCGGACGUUAUAAUAUGAGAACGUUGUGCUAAUGCACCUGUGAACUUUUAUUUUCGGUUGGAGUUAUUUUGGUAGUGUGACAGUAACGGUCUUGGUUUGAUAUGUAGCCUUUUAAUUAUAGAUUUUUUUUUUUAUGAUUGGGGACUGUAUUUUUUUCGAAUUUGUAUUCUUGUUUUUUUUUUUU